AUGAAGAUGAGAACGUCCCUCUUUUGUGCCCUUCAGGGCCUCGGGGUCGUAGCCCACGAAUCCCUUGCCUACUUCAAAGCUGAUCACUCCAAGGGAGGCCACCGGUAUCUCGACGGAUGUGGAAAGGCUGGCAAGGGUAAUUGGGUUCCCGACCCAGCGACCUUUGUCUUACCGCAGAACGAUUUCAAACCCAGUGACCACUGGGGUCUCUGUGCUAGCGGACACGACUGCGCCCCUCACGAGGCGACAGGCAAGGUCUACUUCGACUUCCAGGACGAUGGAUUAGUCUUCAACUUUGAGGGCAUCGAUCACUACAAGUACGAAGACGUCAGCAUCUACGUCGAGCGAGCCCGCCCCCCGCAUGCUCACUCGACCAAGUACAACAAGGACAGCGACCACUGCAAGGCCAAGAACAACUACAAGGAGGUCAAGUGCCAUAUCCCGUACUUCUCUCUUACCGAUGGCGGUUCCUACGACAAGAUGUGCCCCCUCAAGGGUGAGGGUGGCUGGCGCUUCUAUAUCAAGAUCAAGGCUACGAUUGUUCACGGUGAUAAGCGAUAUGAGCUUUACAACCGCGAGUCCACCAACGGCGAAAAGUACUUUGCUCUCAGCUACACCUGUGGCAAGUGCAAGCACCACAAGCACGAUCCCAAGAUCGAGCUGAUCAAUGCUGCCAGCCGCCGCGAUGAGGGCUCCGAGCAUAAGCACUAUGAGCAUAAGCACCAUGACGGUCACCACGAUGGGCACCACCACGGCCACCAUCACAAGGAGCACCAUGAUCACAAGGAGCACCAUGACCACAAGGAGCACCACGAUCAUAAGGAGCACCACGGCCACAAGCAUGGACAUUAUCACAAGGAGCAUCAUGACCACAAGGAGCAUCACGACCACAAGCACGGCCACGAUCACAAGGAGCACCACCUCCACAAGGAGCACCAUGAGCAUAAGGAGCACCACGACCAUGGACAUAAGCACCAUCAUGAGGAGCAUCACCAACAUAAGGAGCAUCAUGAUCACAAGCAUGGUCACGGCCAUCAUCACGGCCACAAGCACAAGGAGAUCCACCAUGCCGAGCAUCAUCAUGAGCACCACCACAAGCACCAUCAUGAUCAUGGCCACCGCCAUUCUCACGGCCACAAGCACGGUCACGGUCAUCACCACGGUCAUCAUCACGGCCAUCAUCACGGUCAUGUUCACGAUCAUAAGGAGCACCACGGCCACCAUCACGGUCACCACCAUGGUCAUCAUCACGGUCACGAGCAUCACAAUAAGCAUCAUCAUGGCCACCACCAUGGCCAUCAUCACGGCCAUAAGCACGGUCAUGAGCAUCACAACAAGCAUCAUCACGGCCACCACCAUGGCCAUGGCCACGAGCAUGGACACCACCACGGUCACAAGCAUGGACAUCACCACGGUCAUCAUCAUGAUAACAAGCAUGGUCAUCACCACGAGGGCUACCACCACGGCCACCACCAGCAUGGAGGCCUUCACCAGCGUGAUGCCGGCUUUUCUCACAACUAUGGUCUGAAGAACUUCUUCGAUGGUCACCACUACGGCCACCAUCACGGACAUCAUGAUGGACAUCACCACGGACAUGACGGCCACAACUUUGGUCAUCACGGUCAUCAUCACGGUCACCACGGUCACCAUUUUGGUCAUCACGAUGGUCAUCAUCACGGACAUCACUUCGGCCACCACCACGGACAUCAUUUUGGUCACCAUGAUGGACAUAACUCUGGCGAUCUCACGCACUUCUUUGAUGGGCAUCAUCAUGGCCACCACAACGGCCAUCAUCACGGUCAUCAUCAUGCCAUCUGCAUGGCCACCAUCACGGCCACCACAAUGGUCACCACCACGGUCAUCAUCACGGUCAUGAGCAUAACCACGGCCAUCUGCACGGCCACGGCCACGAGCAUCACCACGGUCAUCACCAUGGACAUCACCACGGCCAUCAUCACGGUCACCGCCACGGUCACCACCACGGUCACCACCACGGUCACGAGUAUCACCACGGCCACCUUCAUGGACAUAACCACGGUCAUGAGCAUCAUCACGGACAUCAUCACGGCCACCACCAUGGCCACCACCACGGUCAUCAUCACCUCGGCCAUCACGAUCAUCAUCAUGGUCACUCCCAUCAUGCCCGCGGCCUGGAGAACGGUCACAAGCACAAGCACCACGAUACCCAUAACCACGAUGAGAACCAUAAGCAUCGCCAUCACGAGCUCCACGGCCACCGCCACGGUCACGGACAUCGUCACGGCCAUCAUCACAAUGAGCUCCACGGCCAUCGCCACGGACAUCUCCACGGCCACCACCACAACGAGCACCACAGGCACGGCCACGGACAUCGUCACGGUCAUUACCACGAUGAGCUCCAUAGGCACCGCCAUGGACACCACCACGGCCAUCAUCACAAGGAGCAUCACAGGCAUCAUAACCACCAUAACCACCGCCACGGCCACCAUCACGGCCACCAUCACGAGCAUGAUCAUGACCAUCAUCACAGGCACCGCCAUUCUCACUCUGAGGUUCAUCACCACGGCCACCGCCAUGGUCACCACCACGGUCAUCAUCAUGGGCACCACCAUGGUCAUCAUCACGGCCAUCAUCACGGCCACCACGGCCACCACUUUGGUCAUCAUAACCAUGGCGAUCACUUCUAUCACCACGGCCACCACGAAGCCCCAUUACGAUGUCGUGUAUAACGAGCGUGUUGAGAACAUCAAGGCUACUGCUAGCAAGGUGACCCUAGAUAAGCUCUUCAAGGGUGACAGCAAGCAUCACCACGACCACCAUGACCACCACAACAAGCAUCACGGCCACGUCCACCAUGCUCAUCACGGUAAGCACCACGAGCAUCAUGGCAAGCACCACGAGCAUCACGGCAAGCACUAUGAGCAUCACGGUAAGGAUCAUGAGCACGGCAAGCACCACGAGCAUCACGACAAGCAUCACCAUAACAAGCACCACGGUCACCACCACCACGACACCACCAAGAUCGAGAACCUCGAUAACGCUGCUAGCCGUCUCCUGAAGCUUUUCCGAGGAGAGCACAACAAGAACUACCAUGGCCAUCAUGAUAACCACAAGCAUCACGGCCAUCACGCUCAUCACGCUCACCACAACAAGCAUCACAACAAGCAUCACGACCACCAUGACCAUAAGCACCACGGACACCACCUCGAGCAUGCUCACCUCGCCGAUCUUGCUAACCACCAUCACGGUCAUUACGAUCAUCAUGGCAAGCAUCACGAGCAUCACGGUCACCAUGGUCACAACGAUCAUCACAAGCACCAUAACCACCACGCUCAUCAUUAUGGUCACCACGAUCAUCAUGGUAAGCAUCACGAGCAUCACGAUCAUCACGGUUAUAAGCACGGCCACCACGAGCAUGGUCAUCACGGUCAUCACUAUGGUCACAGCAAGCGCAACAAUCUUCGCAACGCUCUCAGGGCCAACGCCAACGAGCUUGCCGGUGUCAGCAGCGUCAACGACCCCAAGCUUGACAGGUAUGUCCAGAGGGCUGAGGAGGCCGUUGGUCAGACCAUCAGGAAGGCUGUCGAUGAACUUGACGACCCCAGCGAUGCCAGGGUUGACAAGUACGUUGAGAAGGCUGAGGCUGCUGUCGGCAACAGCAUCAGGAAGGCCGUCGUUGAGAUCUUCAGUGAUCCCAAGAAGGUCAAGGCUGCUCUGACUGCCGCCUCUGCCCAGGCUGCCGAUCCCGUUGUUGACCUCAAUGAUGUCGCCACUGGAACCGGCCACAGCAAGAAGAUCAAGCAUGUCAAGAUCGACAAGCGUGAGCCCAGCUCCAGCGGCAGCUCCGCCUCUGUCUACAGCGAUGCCAAGGUCGAGAAGACUGUUGAGAAGGCUGUCGAGAAGGCUGCUGCCAAGAUUGUUGAGAACCUGGAUGGAACCCACGGCGACAAGUCCAAGUCCCACCACACUCAUCACCACCCCAAGCGAAGCGUCAAGUUCUACAACGGCUACCAGCGCGACUGCGAGGGCAAGCUCAAGAAGGUUUAUGCCAUUGACGAGCGCUACGCUCACGACCUGAAGAAGCUCUCCUACAACUCGCACCCCAGCACUUGCCAGAAGCACGAUGGCCACUACCUCCGCUACCAGUAUGAGGACCUCAAGUCGUCCGUCUCUGGCAAGCUGAUUGGCGGUCACGACUACGACAAGCAUGAUAAGCAUGACAAGCACGACAAGUACGGCAAGUACUACAUCGAGCUUGUCAAGAAGGACCAUCACAACGAGAUCAUCGUCUCGAUCGAUCUCAAGGACAACUACGAGUACACCGCCACCAAAGCUGCCGUCUUUGUCGGCUGCGACGGCGGACAUGACUCGUAUGACGGUCACAACAUCUGCCACCACAAGAGCUAUCCUUACCAGGCUAUCCAGGAGAAGGGCCUCAACGAGUUCUCGUUUGCCAUCAAGGACAAGUACCAGUGCCGUGGCGAUUACUACAUCGGCAUCUAUGUUGAGCUUUGUGACAAGAACGGCGACUGCGGUUCUUGCAGCAAGGGCCGAUACAACUACUAA